AGAGUGGAAGAAACCAUGAAGCUGAACAUAGAUGGACUGCUUGUUUAUUUCCCAUAUGACUACAUCUACCCCGAACAGUAUUCAUACAUGCUGGAGCUGAAGAGGACGUUGGAUGCCAAGGGCCAUGGCGUGCUGGAAAUGCCCUCGGGCACUGGGAAGACCAUCUCCCUGCUCUCUCUCAUUGUGGCCUACCAGAAAGCACACCCCCUGGAGCUCUCCAAGCUCAUUUACUGCUCCAGAACUGUGCCAGAGAUUGAGAAGGUUAUUGAGGAGCUGCGUAAGCUCCUGGACUUUCACGAGAGGCAGAUGGGGGAGAAGCUGCCGUUCCUGGCCUUGGCGCUCAGCUCCAGGAAGAACCUUUGCAUCCACCCGGAGGUGAGCGCGUUUCGCUUUGGGAAAGAGGUGGAUGGAAAAUGCUUCAGCCUAACUGCCUCGUACGUGCGAGCACAGCGCCAGCAGGAUGCCAGUGUGCCCUCCUGCCGCUUCUUCGAGGAAUUUGAUGCCCACGGCCGUCAAGUGCCCCUUCCAUACGGCGUGUACAACCUGGAUGACUUGAAGGCCUAUGGCCGGCAGAAGGGCUGGUGUCCCUAUUUCCUCGCCAGAUACUCGAUCCUUCAUGCUAAUAUUAUCGUGUACAGUUACCACUAUCUGCUAGACCCCAAGAUCGCCAACUUGGUCUCCAAAGAGCUGGCCAAGAAAUCUGUUGUUGUAUUUGACGAGGCCCACAAUAUCGACAAUGUCUGCAUUGAUUCCAUGGGUGUCAACAUCACACGCAAGACGCUGGACCGCUGCCAGGCAAACGUGGAGAUGCUCCAAGCCACCAUCCAGAAGAUCAAGGACACAGAUGCCCAGAAGCUGAAGGAGGAGUACCGGCGCCUGGUGGAGGGGCUGAAGGAGGCCAACAUUGCCAGGGAAACAGAUGUCUAUUUGGCCAAUCCGGUGUUACCAGAGGAGAUCCUUCAAGAGGCCGUGCCGGGGAGCAUCCGGACAGCGGAGCACUUUGUGGGGUUCCUGAAGCGUUUCCUGGAGUACCUGAAAUCCCGUCUGCGGGUCCACCACGUGGUCCAGGAAAGCCCCCCCUCGUUUCUGAAAGAUGUCUUUGAGAAGGUCUGCAUCGAACGCAAGCCCCUCCAGUUCUGUUCCGAGCGGCUACAAUCCCUCCUUCGCACGCUGGAAAUAGCUGACAUCUCCGAUUUCUCCCCCAUCACUCUCAUUGCCAACUUUGCCACGUUGGUUAGCACUUACUCCAAGGGUUGUACCAUCCUCAUAGAACCCUUUGACGACCGGACCCCCACCAUCGCCAACCCGAUCCUGCACUUCAGCUGCAUGGAUGCCUCCAUUGCUAUCAAGCCGGUCUUCGAGAGGUUCCAGUCGGUCAUCAUCACCUCGGGGACCCUUUCCCCGCUGGACAUCUACCCAAAGAUCCUGGAUUUCCGGCCCGUUACUAUGGCUACCUUCACCAUGACCCUGGCCAGAACCUGUCUGUGCCCGAUGAUUGUGGGGCGCGGGAACGACCAGGUAGCCAUCAGCUCCAAGUUCGAGACUCGCGAAGACAUUGCUGUCAUCCGCAACUACGGCAACCUGCUCCUGGAGAUGUCUUCAGUUGUCCCGGAUGGGAUCGUGGCCUUCUUCACCAGCUACCAGUAUAUGGAGAACAUUGUGGCUUCGUGGUAUGAGCAGGGGAUCUUGGAGAACAUCCAACGCAACAAACUCCUCUUCAUCGAGACGCAAGACGGAGCAGAGACCAGCAUGGCCCUGGAGAAGUAUCAGGAGGCCUGCGAGAACGGCCGGGGAGCUAUCUUGCUUUCUGUGGCCAGGGGGAAGGUGUCCGAAGGGAUCGACUUUGUGCACCACUACGGCCGAGCCGUGAUCAUGUUUGGGGUUCCCUACGUCUACACCCAGAGCCGCAUCCUGAAGGCCCGGCUGGAGUACCUGAGGGACCAGUUCCAAAUCCGAGAGAACGAUUUCCUGACCUUUGACGCCAUGCGCCACGCGGCCCAGUGCAUGGGCCGGGCCAUCCGGGGGAAGACUGACUAUGGCCUCAUGGUCUUUGCUGAUAAGCGCUUUGCGCGGGCCGACAAACGGGGAAAGCUCCCGCGAUGGAUCCAGGAACACAUCACGGAUGCCAACCUCAACUUGACGCUGGACGAGGCCGUGCAGGUCGCCAAGUACUUCCUGCGCCAGAUGGCCCAACCCUUCCGCAAGGAGGAUCAGCUGGGCCUCUCCUUGCUCACCUUUGAGCAGUUGCAGUCAGAAGAGAUGCUGCACAAAGUGCAGGAGAUCGCACACCACGUGUGAGGAGCAGGA